UGAUGGAGCCAACUCUGGAAGGCACAGUCAAGAAAGGGAAGAAGGAAUUUUCAAAGAAGCAUACAGUGGCUGGGUCUCCAGUGGAGGGUCUCCUGCAGCCAGUGAAGCUUAGCCGGGCAGAACUGUACAAGGAACCUACCAGUGAGGAACUGAAUCGCCUUCGGGAGACUGAGAGCCUGUUCCACUCCAGCUUGCUUCGUUUACAGGUAGAGGAGCUACUGAAGGAAGUGAGGCUGUCAGAGAAGAAGAAGGAGCGGAUUGAUGCUUUCCUACGGGAUGUCAACCAGCGGAUCAUGAGGGUGCCCUCAACCCCUGAGACAGAGGUAAGACCAGUGGUAUAGGGCAGUGGAAAGCCCAGGGGAGAUUCUUAGUGGGAGCAUCUGAAACAGGGGCCUUGCUAUUCUCUGGAGAGGUUAGGGUGCUAGGAAGCUUAUUCUCGUUG